CUCAUCCAUAGCCGUUCGGCCUCCCUUCGUCGUCGUCAUGUCAUCCUCUCAUUCAGCAUCUGUCGAGAUUAUGGAGGGGAGAGAACAGGAACAACAGUCACAGGGCUUCCUCACCAGUAUCGCAUCUUUCUUCUUACCUACUGCCCACGCCGAAUCACCAGCCAAAGUCGAUGAUAAGGAGCACGAUGGUGAGGAAAAAGAAGAGGCAGACGAGGCAGACGGUGGGCAGGAGGAAGAGGAGGAAGAAGAAGAAGAGCCUGAAGAUCCCGCUCCUGCUAUCCGAGCCGAUUGUCAAGAUAGCGAAUGCGCCGCACCCGCGAAACACUUCAUGCACUGCCAGGAGAAAGUCGAAGCCGGCAAAGGCUGGCACGGGGAGGACUGCGUCGAAGAACUAUUCCACUUGAUGCACUGUGUGGAUGCCUGUGCUGCCCCCAAGGUGUUCAAAAAACUAGCUUGAUCGAUCACACAUAUUGGAUCUUCAGCGAGAAAAGCGAUAGACUAACAUGCAUAAAUGGCCAACUCC